GUGGCAGUGUAGGAGACGAUAUGGCAGCCGGUGUGUGGGGUUUGGUGAUCUUUUUGGUGGUGCAGACGACGUUCGCGUUACCCACUAACAGUGAGGAGAACGAAGUCGUCCCCGGGCUCAGGAUUUUGAGGAAGUUGUAUGACGACUGUUCGAAAAAGGACUCAGCCAUGAUGUGUUUAAAAGGGAAAGCCAUUACAUUCUUCGACCGUGCUAGCAGAAGUGACUCUAUCUCAGUGGGUGAUCUGGUGACUCUAGUCCGCGAGGAAGGUUCCAGGGUGGAUUACGGGAGGGCGAUCACCGAGACCGACCUAGAGACCGUCUCCCAAGGUGCCGACGAGACCUCCAGGGACGCCAAACUCAACGACCUUCUGUUCGACAGAGUGGCACGAUUCUUCAACUCUCACAGCGUCAAGCUGUCCCUGCCAAAGAUGUCCUCUGAAGAACUGGCUAGAGGUUACGAAGAAGGUCGUGGUAAAAUGAAGAAGAUGAUGAGCAUGAUGAUGAUGAUGGUGAUGAUGAAGAAGAUGAUGCUGAUUCCAAUCGCUCUCAUCGGUCUGUUCCUGUUAGCUGGAAAGGCAUUCAUCAUCAGCAAGAUCGCUCUCAUUUUGACCCUCAUCAUCACACUGAAGAAGCUUCUGAACAGCAAGAUGGAGGAACACCACCACGAGCACAGCAGCGGCCACGGUGGGGGCUGGGAUAGGAGGUCCUUUGGCUUAGGCAACGAAUUAGCCCAUGAGUUGGCCUACAGCGCCUACCUCAAGCAGGACUAAGAUACCUUUUUCUGUAAAAUACGAGGUCGUGUAUAUAUUUCUUCACCAACUACGGGUUUUACGAUACUACACUAUACUACAAUUCUAAAAACGGACUACUUGUGAUAUAGCAACGAAUUUACAAACAGAAAAUACUUUUUGAACUAAUCAAACUUUUCUUAUAAUAAGUAGUUUCAUGGUAUAGAUCUAUCAUAAAGACAUAGAAUUGUGAAACUUGACAUCACGCAACUUAUCUUACAAACUCAUAACUUCUUCAGACUUAACUGUUUAAACACUAUUUUACUUAUACAGUUCUUUAAAUAAGGUCCACCCUAAACACUUUGGUAAAAUGACAGCUAUCUCUGCUAUAACGAACUUUAAAUCUUUUCUAUAUUUUAUAAGUGUACUCCCUUUAUCUUUCGUCGCAUUGUUUCGUCUUUGAAUGUAACCAUUGCCUAUUUAGUCCUCUUACAAAAUUAUUGUUAUUUGGUUAAGUUCAAAACGGCUAGUUAUAUCAAAGAAUAUCAACAGUAACAGGUGUAAGUAAAAUAACAUAAAGACAUACAAAGUAAUUUACAUUUUUUUAGGAAAUUAUUUAUUUUUCAAGUAAUUGUUAAAAACACAUAUCGAAUCCAAAUGCUCAUUUUUAGGUAGGCAUAGUUAUUAUUGUAUUGCUAGUAUACCAAAGAUUAUUUCGUUUUCCUAGACUAUACGCCUAUGUUUCGUACCUUAUAAAACACUACUUAAAGCUAUAAUUUUACUGAGGCUUAUUUUUUAAUACUAAACUGCUUUUCACUACACGCACUGAUCUUAUAUUUCCACUUUAAAUAUCUUAAAUGAGUCGAAGGUUGGUAGCCAUCUUAAGGUUUAAUGACUUUGUCGCAAUAUUCGAUUUAACUGGAUUUGUGGUAUCGCUUUAAACAAAGCCAGCAGUGUACUCCAUGUUGGGGACUGUUAUCAGUACAAAUGUUAUUUAUUUUCCUGUAAACAUUCUUUUUAAUUUAUUUUAUGUUGUAAUUAUUUUGUUAUUUAUUAAAUUUUUGUUUGAACUGUA